UUUUCUUUUACAAAAAACUGUGGGUACUGACUACAGAAAGAAUGCUGGGCUCUUUUCUUUAAUUGAUAACGAAGUUGAGAGGAAGUUUGUUCUCUUAUCAACAGGACAUAUACCAUGGUCCAGACUCCCUAGUUUGGGAGAAUAGUGGAACCACAAUAGUUUUAAAAUGGACAAAUGACAAUGAAAAACUCUUUGCAACUGAGAACAUUUAAGUUACAAUGUUGUCAUACAAGACUGAUAUGGGGAAUCGCUUUUGUUCCUGAUGGUGAAACUCUGUUUUCCGUCUAGAUUGAUGGCCUUCUUGUUCUAUUAUUUCAAUUAUUAUUUUAGUACAGAAUUUGGUGUUUUAUUUAGACGAUGCAAAUAAACGUUACACAGUGUUUUCUUGAAAAGGUUGAUAAUAGAGAACCUUGGCUUGACAACGUAUAAGUUUCUAGAUCCUUUGUGUCUAAAAUUCUUUCAUCUAGCUUGAUGAUAGUAAUGUGGAAAUUACGUUUCCAAUUUUGGGUUGCCUCUAUGUUUAACAGUUUUUGAAGUGAAGUUCUGUAAAACCUUCUACAGUUCGAAUAAUGCUUGCUCUUUCUGCUACCUUUGGUUGGAAACUGCAACAACUAGAGGUGAAGAAUGCUUUUCUUCACAGUAUUCUUCACGAGGAGGUUUACAUGUCCCAACCUCCUGGCUUUAUUGAUUCUUCCCAUCCCCAUCAUGUCUGCAAGUUGGUUAAAUCGCUCUAUGGCCUCAAACAGGCCCCUCGAGCCUGGAAUGACCGAUUCACUAAGUUUCUUCUUACUUUAGGCUUCACAGCUUCAUAUGCUGAUCCCUCUUUAUUUGUCUGCAAAAAGUCUGACUCUCUAGUCUUUCUUUUGUUAUAUGUCAAUGAUAUUAUCAUCACCGGAUCUGAUUUCGCUGUUGUUCAAUUGAUUAUUAAUCAACUUUCACAGGACUUUGAUAUGAAAAAUCUUGGGGAUCUCCAUUAUUUUCUUGGCCUUCAGAUUCAAUAUCCAGCAGAUGGCAUCUUUGUUCAUCAGUCCAAAUAUAUUCUUGAUGUGCUUGCUAAGGCCAAUCUCUUGGACUGCAAACCUUGUGUUACCCCAUGUCAUCCCAAUCAUAAACUGCUCAAGGACGGUAGUCUUCCUUACUCAGAUCCUGCUCACUAUUGCAGUAUUGUUGGUGCACUUCAAUACCUCACCUUUUCUCGGCCUGACAUUACCUAUGCCGUGCAUCAAGUUUGUCAGUUUAUGCAUGCUUCUUUUGACACUCAUUACUAUGCUGUUAAACGUAUUCUUCGUUAUCUAAAGGGUACUAUGUCUCAUGGUUUGCUGUAGAAAAAAGGUUCUUUAGACAUGACUGCUUUCACUGAUGCUGACUGGGCUGGGGAUCCAAAUGAUCAUCGGUCUACCACUGGUUUUGUUAUUUUUCUUGGCACAAA